UUUAUGUGGUAUGUAAGCGAGAUCACGUCCUUCUCUGCAGCCGUUCCCGAUGCUGGAACUACACACAGCAGUGGGGAGUGUGGUACCAACGGAGGGCCAGAACUGAAUCCAAUACCUCUGGUGUAAAUAGAUUUCCUAUCUGGAGAAUCCAGACUGAAACAGAAGGAAUUUGCAAACCAUGACUUGGCCUAAAUUUUUGCACUUUCGGUACCUUCCCUUGCAUUGUCAUUCUUUUCUGUAUUCAACAAACCAUAUCCAGUUCAGACACUUGAAUGUUCUUGUGAGGAUCAGUCCUGUGAGAAUCAUGCCCCCUGAAAGUGUGACACAUCCAAGGACCCUGCUAUCUCCGCACUGCAGAUGGACAAGUUUAUCCAUCACAGUCAACAACUCUGAGAGCAGUAAUGUAAAUGGCUUGCAGGAGCAAGCCACACCGAGGGAGAAAGUGUCACUUGCCUCGGUGGGGGAUGAAGUUGACUUGGAAGGAUUUGGAGCACAAGGAAAGUUCUACUCUGUCAGGAGGAUUUUCCGUAAAAGCACUUCACAGAUGCAGGAUUCCAAAUACAGUGAUACUGAGGAUCAGGAUGAGGAAGUUAAAAGCCCUGAUGUGAGGCGGAAGCUGGGUCGAAAGAAUACUACAUACUGGUACUUCCUACAAUGUAAAAAACUCAUCAAGGAAGAUAAGUUAGCCGAGGCCCUGGACCUGUUUGAGACUCAGAUGGUGAAAGAAGAGCGGCUGAACCCUGAAGAAUACAAUUACACAGUGCUGAUAGGAGGAUGUGGAAGAGCAGGUUACUUGAAAAAAGCCUUUAAGCUCUUCAACGAUAUGAAGAAAAGAGGACUGACUCCCUCUGUCGCAACCUACACCGCUCUGUUCAAUGCUUGUGCAGAAUCACCAUGGAAGGACACGGGCCUUCAGUUUGCCACAAAGCUUCGGGAAGAAUUAAGGAGCAAGAAUAUCCGAGUGAACCUUAUCACAUACCAUGCCAUGCUGAAGGCCUACGCUGUCUGCUCUGAUCUGAAGGCUUGUUUUGAUGUGGUCCGGGAAAUAGUUCACAGUGGUCUUGAACUUAAUGUAGAAACAUUCAGCACUUUAAUGAUGGGCAGCAUUAAGGACGCUGACAAUGGCUUUAGAUAUUCAGUACAGAUUUGGCGUGAGAUGUUAAAACUGGGCAUUCAGCCUGAUGCCAAGAGCUACAACCUGCUGCUAAGGGCUGCCAGGGACUGUGGUAUAGGGAACCCUGCAGUGGCAUCUCGCACAUUGUUGAGUGAUGAGGAUGGGAUGUGGCAACGAAAGCAGCACAGAAAAGUUCAGAAACUCCGAGGUCAGAAAGGUACAAGAAACAGCAAAAAUGCAACCACUUUGACUGUUGAUUUAUUGGAAGAGCGGUUGUUUGGCCUAUCUUCUGAUGAGCAUAAGGGGAGUUCAUUAACUACCUGCAGAGUCUCUGAACCUGAGGAUGAGCACAGUAAUGCAACUUUAUCAGGAUUGAUUGAGGCACCAAACCUGCCAUCCAAAGGUAGCCAAGGGAAAGAAAUGGCACCAGGAGAACGGCCUUUGGAACUUGUUCCCAAGAAUGAAAUUCUUAUAGUUGACUCAGAUUCCAAAGGGCUUCCUCAAAGUAAUCUUCUGCCUAAUCUACUUGACAUCCAGGUCAACAAGAAGAACGUCAUUUCUCUGGGAAGAGCAACUGCACCACAUGACAGACUAGCACUGAUUGGAUAUCUGAAUGGCUUUCUAAGUAAAAUGAAGGAAGAUAAUGUGCUUCCAGAUAUUAAAACAUUCACACUGUUGGCUGACAUAGUGGAACCAAACAGCCCGUCUGAGUCGUCCUUGCUGGCCCUCAUGGAUGAGCAUGGCGUGAAGCCAGACAUUUCAUUCUUUAACACCUUCAUUAGGAAAAAGAGCAGGUUGGGUGAUCUGGAAGGUGCAAAGGCUGUACUAUCAACUAUAGUUGAGCGAGGCUUAUCACCAACCAUGUACACCUUCUGCAACCUGGCAAUAGCCUGCAGAAAAGACAGUGAAGGAUUAAGGCUCCUCCAGGACAUGAAGCUCUCUGGAAUAACCCCCAAUGUCAAUGUCUACAGCACCCUGAUCAACAAUGCAGCAAAGCAGUUAGACUAUGUGUACCUCACCAAUAUCCUGCGAGACAUGGCAAGAAAUCAAGUACCACCGAAUGAGGUUGUCCUUAAGCAAUUGGAAUUUGCUGUCAAGUACCCUCCAAAUUUUGACAAGUAUAAAUCAAGGAACACCUAUCUAGAAAAAAUUGAUGGGUUUCGAGGGUAUUACUAUCGUUGGUUAAACUUCAUGCCUGCUGUGGAAACAACACAUCCAUGGGAAAAGUACAGAAUUAAGAGUGAUGUCCCCGGAGAAGAAUUACCCCAAUCAUAAACCUUGAAACUGGAGAACACACCAGAAAAUGAAGGAUCAGAUAUAAAACUCAAUGCUGCAGUGUCAAUUUCCAGUCCUUUUCCAGAGUUCAUUCACUGCUGCUGCUCCUGUCCACACCAAUCCUGGACAGAGGUAAUUCAGUUCUGUAAAUGUGUCCAAAUAAAUUUGACAAGUUAUUAUGUUUGUGAGAGAGAAUAAAGAGAUUCAAGUGUGUGAGGGAAUACAGAGAUUCAAGUCUAGCAAAGAAAAUGACCUUUAAACUCCAAGGAUCAGUGGCGAUGGCCAUGGAUACUUAAAUUCCUAUCCUUUACCGUGCUUCUGGAAAGCUUCACACCUCCAAAGAGAAUAUACACCAUUUCACAGAAAUCAUAACAGCAUGAAAGGAAGCCAUUCAGCCUGCCAAAUCCAUACCAGCUUUAUGCUACAGUAAUCUAGCCAAGUUCAUUCCCCAUCUCUUUUUAGUCAAGAUUGCCCUGGCACUAGAUUCAGUUAUUAACUUAUUGCUCUUUGUGGAGCUUGGCUGUGUGCAAAUUGGCUGCCACAUUCCCUAAAUUACAACAGGAAGAGAGUUAAGAAGAAAUGAUCUUAUGCUCUGAGCUGCUCUGCUCUAGAAAGUACUGUCUGAAAGAGGGAAAUAAGACUCAAUAGUAACUUUCAAUAGAGAAUUGCAUAAAGACAAGAGACUGCAGAAGGUGGAAUCUGGAGCAACAAUCUGGAGCAGUUAGUUAACAACUUUCAACUUACAGCAAUUAGUGGAUAACUUUUUUUUGUAAUGCCCUGGCACUAGAUUCUAUGUUACAUUAUAUUGUGAUUCUGUAAUGGUUCCCCUACAACUCAAGAAGUAUUUGAUUGGUAUUUUGUGAAGUCCCAGGAUCAUUAAAGGUGCUAUAUGAAUGAAUCUUUUGUUUUCUUUUCCACCUGAUGUUGCCAAGGGUCAGAGAUGCUCAAUGCAUCCAUGUUAGCACAAAUUAUUUCUUCACUGCCAAAUCUUACACAUAAAUAACUUCAGUAAUAAAUGGAGAUCACCAAAACAUUGUUGAUCUCUACCACAAUGAAAGCCACUGCCACCACACCAAAAACAACUUACAUUAAUGGGCACUUUAAUAAAUUUUCAGCUAAAAGAGGACCAGAGAAAAUGGCCAGAAAAUAUGAGGAACUAACUAUGAUUGCCUCUAGAAAUGGGCAGAGAGAUUAUGCUCAAUACAAGAGGGCAUAGCUUUAAAGUAAAGUAAUGGGUGGGAAGUUCAAGGGAGAUAUCACAGGGAGGUUUUUUUUAACCCAAAGAGUGGUUGGGGCAUGGAAUGCACUGCCUGGGGUGGUGGUGGAGGCAGGUACAUUGGUCAGGUUCAAGAGAUUACUAGAUAAGCAUAUGGAGGAAUUUAAAAUAGAGGGAUAUGUGGGAGGAAGGGGUUAGAUAGUCUUAGGCGAGGUUUAAAGGUCAGCAUAAUAUUGUGGGCUGAAGGGCCUGUAUUGUGCUGUACUGUUCUAUGAUUUCCCAACAAAUCCUUCUUCAGCUCCUUUUUCAAUGUUCUGAUGGAAUCUACCUCCAGUACUAUCUUGGCAGUGCAUUACCAAACCUUAACCAGUUACUGUUGCAAAAAAAAGCUUAGUGUCACUUUUGGUUCCUUUGCCAAUUACCUUUAUCCAUGUUCUUUAGUUCUUGACCCUGAUUUAUUUAAUUUUUAAUACAAGUCUCAUCAUACUCUAUAAAUUAUCUGUGGCAAGGGUCACCUGCCAUUUCCUUAUAUACCAUGGAGACUCCACUUACAUAAUUUAAAUCCCUUUCCAGCCCAUCAAAAUUUAUUCAGGAUAAAGCAGUAAGAAAGAGGUACAUACAUGACCACAUUUCUGAAACUGAAUCCUUCAUUUACUCUCAAUUCUGUAUGCAAAUGAAUAUCAGCGCAGUAAAAUAUUACAUAAGAAAAUGCUGGAUGAAAUUAUGCAAAAGGUUUGGGUUUCCAGGGACAUUGAGACCAAUUCUGGGUAGGAGAGACCUUUACAUGAUAGUUAGGACCUUGCAGGCAGGCAUUCCCAGAGCAGCCUGGGUUUGAAAUGCAAGUGCACAAAUGCAUACAGCACGGCAAAUGAGGUUGAGGAGCUACAGACAUAUGUAGUCAGGUAGGAUUGUCAUAUUGUGGUAAUAAUGGAGGCCUUGCUCGAGCAAAAAAAAAAGAGUGCUUAAUGUGGCUGUCUACAAUAAUAAAGGAAAAAUGAGGAAAGAGAAAACUCCUGAUUUCUGUGUGUCCAAAGAAUGUGGGAGAAAAUUAUCUUAAUUUGUGGGGCACAACAGCAGUCCCAAGGACAGAGGGAGCUAUUGUGUUGGCCAGAUAUCAGUGUCCUGGCAAAUGGAAUAAUUAAGAUUACAGGCAGGGCUUGAAAUUAAAUAGCUAUGGGGAGUAAGGAGGAAAAUGGGCUUAGGGAGAGGUGGAAAGUUAAAGUGAACAGACAUGUUGAAAAAACAGUGAUAUGAAUUCUAAGUGUGUCUGGAAGCAACACAGGUAAAAAUGAUUAAAAGCCAAAAUUAAAAACUAUUAUAAAUGCAGAAAACAAUUGCCCUAUCCCUAUAAUGAUACAGAAGGAAGCCAUUCAAGAGCCCAAAUCCAAGCCAGUUCCUAGCAGAGCAAUCCCAGUCACAUUCCCCCUCCUUACUUCCCUGUAGUACUGCAACUAAUUCUCUUUCACCUGCCUAUCAAUUACCCUUUCUUCCCCCCCAUAAACCUACACAAAAGGGGUAAAUUACAAUAGACAAUUAACAACAUCUUUUUGAUGCAAGGAGACCAGAGCAUCAAGGGAAAACACACAUGGUCAAGGGAGAAUGCACAAAAUCCACAGACAGCAGAGAGUGAGACUGAACCCAGUCGCUUGAGCUGUGAGACAGCAGGACUAAGUGCAGAACAAGAUAGAUGAAUUAGAAACCCUAGUAAAGGAAAACCGGUUUAAUCUGACAUUUAGGAGCCUCAGAGAUCAGUGCUUGAUCGUGUAUAACAUAUCCAAGUUUGCUGACACAGAAAAUUAUGUGAAUACAAGUCUACAAAGCUCAUGUACAUAUUGAGUGGGUAGAUGGCUGGCACAUGGAGUAUAACGUGAGGAAAUGAGGUUUUCUACUUCAGUAGGAAGAAUAGUAGUGCAUUUGAAUGGCAAUGAGACUAUUAUUUACUGGCACUAAGAAUUGUGUCUUUGCAUAAGAAACACAAAGGUAGUGUACAGCUGCAGCAUACAAUUCGGAAGGAAAUGAAAUGUUAAUCUUAAUUGCAAGGUAAAUGAAAUACAAGGGUAAGGAAAUCUUGCUACAGUUGUCCAGGGUUCUAGUAAGGCCACACCUAGAGUACUCAGAGUUAUGAUCUCAUACAAGGAAGAAUAUACUUUCCUUGGAUGCUGCACACUGAAGGUUCACUUCAUUAAUUCCUGGGUUGAGGGGAUUUUCUUACAAUGAGAGAGAAAAAAAAUAUUGAUUUAGCAGUGAGAUAAUCUCACUGCCAGACACCGGAUUCUGAAUGGGUUGAUAGUGUAAAUACAUGAGAUUCUCUCCCUUGGUAAGGCCAAUCUAGAAUUAGAUGGGCAACUCAAAUCCUGUUGGAGCAAUGUAAUUUCUUUUUGGACAAAAAAAAUCAUUGAGUGUACAAGGGUAAGAUUGAUAAAGGACUGCAAGAAAAUCAAGGGUUAUGGACACUGGGCAAGAAAGUAUUGAGACCAAAGAUCUGAUCAUCCAUUAUCUAAUCAAGUGGCAGAGGAGGCGCAAGGAGGUUGGAUGACUUAUUCCUACCCCCAUUUCUAGUGCUAACCAAAGCCUUCUCUCACACUAAGUUUUUUUUUUGCAAACUCACUAAUUUGGGAACUUCAGGUUUGCUUUGUACCAAAAUGUGGGAGGAAGAAAGAAAAGUCAGCUAUUAAAAUGUGAAAUUGUGGGGAAAAGAUGGUACUUUUUAAACAUUACAGAAGUCAAGUUAAACAAUAUCCUCCACUCCUUGGCAGAUUGUCCUUCAGCAGUCCCUCUGACUUGUUCCUAUACUGAAGGUGAUGGUGAAUUUCACUGAUGUGGGACUCCCAAGUUAUGGGAAGUACAAGGGUCUCAUCGUGAGACCUUGCUUUUCAGUCUCAUGAACUUUUACAGGCAAUGUUGUAAAGUGAGAAUGGGUUGAUAGAGGACCUUUUAUGAAUGUCAAGAUUAAGAGCCCUUUGAUGCUCACCAGCACACAUCCCUUAACCUCCAAAUAGUGCAUCAUGUAGGCAUUAAAUUUUUUGUGGUUCCAGCCACUUCCUUUUGAAUGGAAUAUCUCACAGGGGAACAACUGAUCUUCCUUUUAGUGCACAAAAUGUUGAUCUGAACAUAAUCUAUAUUAGAUUGUUAAAGGUAGCAACAACAUCAGUACAGCUGUCCUUGGUUCAUGGGAGCCGAGGCAUGAAAGGGUGACAUUCAAUGUAAAGAAAUCUAGUUCAAGGACACAUAUCACAUCAGUAACCUGCUGAUAUGCACCCAAACCUGAUUAUUCUUAGUAAGAAAGCUGCUUGAAAUGUCACGGUUUCAUCCUUUUUAUUUCCUUUUCAAUGCUUACAAAUCAAAACCCAGGACUCCACUGCUGGCCCAAAAGGUCAAAGUCAAUUUUAAAAUCUCAUAACAUUAUCUUUCCUCAAAGUAAUCAGCUGAGGAAAUGAAGUUCAGGAGUAAUUGUGCAUGCAAUCCAAAGUCAUUAUCUUACUUAAUACCCCACAGGCCAUUCAGCCCAUCCAUGUUGGCUCACUGGUUCAAGAUACAUUUCUAGGCAAUGUCCUCCCCAUAAGAUUAGAUUCAGUACAGAGUUAAAGGGAAAGGAAAAGGCUAAAAUCUUCACUUUAUUACCAAAGCCAUCCAAUUCUAUCCUUCGCCUUUAUGAGUACAGACCCACGGUCAUCAAGAAUUUUUCUGCAUAUAACAGACAAAAGUUCUCAUUAAAAUACAAAAUAAAUAGGAUUGGCAACCUAUUGGUCAGCUUUAGUUGCUUCACAUGGUAUAACAUUUGACUUGCAAUUCCAACAGUCUAUUUCAAGCAAAACAAAAGAAAAUAUUCAAUUUGUGCCCUAAAAAUUAUUUGAAAAUUCUAAUACUCAAGUUCACCAAUAUUUCCAGAAGCUCAGUUAGGGAGGUGAACAAAAAGAACUUUAUUUUGCAGUACGCUUCAGUACAGUUCAAUAAGCAGUUUCAAAAAGGAUUAUCGACAAAUGAAAAUCCAGAGGACUAUCAAGGACAGUUGUAUAAUAGGACAGUCUAAUGUAGAUGUAACUGGUAUGACAUAACUAAAUAGACCAAAGUGACUCACCUGCUGCAGGGCAAGUAACUUAUUGCUUGCAAACUUAAAUUACAUACAAGUACAAUUGUUACAUUACAUUCACAUCAAACUGCCCUACCUUUUGUAAGAGGGUGCUUCAGACUGCGGAACUUGUUGUCCAACCAGUCUGUAUGCAAUGUUGGGUUCAUGUUGGUUUAUACAGUGUUCACAAACUUUAGUUUUAAAAAAGUUUUAAUUCCCUCCAUUCCAAAAAGGAUGUUUGUUAGAAGCGAGCUACAGCAUUUACAGAACAUCUUGCUAUGGUCCAUAUAUUCUUGAUUAGAAAUAAAAUUGAUUGUAUGUAGACUAAAAUCCACUUCAUCCAAAAAAGAAAAAUUAACCAGAGCAACCUCUG